CCUUAUCCCAAAGUCCAGCCCAGUCCAGCCCAGUCCAGUCUAACCCAGCCCAGCGAGGAGGAGGAAGGGGCUCCCGUAACAGGAUCAGCAAUCGCACUCCCCUUCACUGCGCUUCCCUUUCUUCGCAUGCUCGCAUCAUCGCCAGUGUCUUCUCCGUCAGUUUAGGUUGCCGGAGUCCUGUGAAGGUGAUUGAGUAACCUGCAGCAAGAUGGCCAUGGCGAACGCAGUCGCGAGGAGUAGCUUGACCUCGUUGAGGAGUAGCACUGCUUUCGGAGCCGGAGUGCAGGGUCUGCGCGCUGCCAACCAGAGGGUAUCGAAUGUGAACUUUGUUGCCCUUCCUCGCUGCUCUGCGAAACUGUCGACCUCUUCGGGUGGCCUCGCUCAGCAGGUUGCCGUUGGUGCCAACACUCUCGCCGGCGCUAUGUUCGCGGCAAUGGCUACGUCGGAGUCGGCCAUGGCAUCCCAGCAAAUCAUGGCGUUGGCCGAAGGUGACAACAGGGUAGUUGCCCUUCUCAUUCCAUUGAUCCCUGCAAUUGGAUGGGUGUUGUUCAACAUUUUGCAGCCAGCCUUGAACCAGGUGGACAAGAUGAGGGGCGCCAAGGCGUUGGUUGCUGGUGCCGGCCUCGGAGCCGCAGCGACUCUGAUGGCAGCUCCCCAUGCGGAUGCAGCCCAAGAAUUCGCCCAGAUUGCAGACUCUGAUGCCAGGGGUUUGAUCAUCGUUGGCCUCCUUCUGCCCGCCAUCGGGUGGGUGCUGUUCAACAUCUUGCGGCCCGCUUUGAACCAGAUCGAGAAGAUGCAGAACCAGGGCAACUCAGGAGCCGGAACUCGCAAGAGGGGGAUCAUUGGAGCCCUUGGGCUUGGGGGGGCUUCCAUGUUGUUGACCCCUCACGCUGACGCUGCUCAGGAAAUCGCAUCUCUCGCCGAUUCUGAUUCUCGAGGUCUCAUUAUCAUCGGCCUUCUUCUCCCCGCCAUUGGGUGGGUCCUGUUCAACAUCUUGAGGCCCGCCUUGAACCAGGUGAACAAGAUGAUCGAAGGCAAUGACUCCAGUCCCCCGACCAAGGGCGGGAAGAAAAUCCGCGGCAUCGUUGGUCUCACGGGUCUCACUGCAGCUGCCACCUCCCUGUUGGCUGCUCCCGAGGCUGAUGCUCAGGUUCAGGAAUUCGCACAGCUCGGCGCGGACACCAGACCUCUGAUCCUGCUCUUCAUUCUGGCGCCCGCGAUCGGAUGGGUGUUGUUCAACAUCUUGAAGCCUGCGUUGAACCAAGUGAACAAGAUGGUUGAAGGCAACAGCGGCCAGGCUCCUAGCAAGGGAAACAAGAGACGUUAAGUGUUUGCAUUCUGCAGUCGCAGCAUGUCUUCACAGGAUGUAGAGGCUUUUUAUUUUUUUCCAUGCUGAGCUUUGGGGAUGGUGCUAAGGUCAUGGGUCGGGAUUUUCAUGGCAAAUUGGCUGUAGACACAACAGUUCCUAGAUUACUUCUUCCGUGAACUUUAGGGUUUGCGGUGACUGGAGACCAGGGUGGUUCGUAACGCUGUGUACAUGGUGUCAAUUCGUCGAAUUUAUUGUACGUCGCUGGCUAGAGCAAUUCUUAUCUGUUGAACGGAGGGGAUCUUAUUUUGCUCAGCCGUGUGUGUGUUCUACAA